GAAUCCGCCGUAUUACCGCAAACUCGUUUCCGGGACAUCAAUCGGAAUCUGCAAGCAUUGGAUCUUGACAAUUCCAGGCGCUUCAAUCCAUUCAUGGCAGCUUUUGGAGUGCGAGUGAGCUCGACACCGCUCACUGUUGAAGGUCAUCGUCGGGGUGCGCCACAAGUUAUAUAUUCCGAUGCGGGAGGCAGAGGUGGCAUCAUCAACAUUGAUUCAAGAAAUGCGAACUGGCGGAUGACCGGCAAGGAAUAUCUCAUAGUGGCACAGCUCAGCUGCUGGUUCAUUCUUUACGACGAACAAAAAGAUGAAAAAAUGGUCUUGACAUUCACUGAUUGCCUGCUGCGUGAAUGCCGUAAAAGGGGAAUCAGAAUGGUUGAUCCAAUCAUCAAAAAUGUGGCGUUUGAAGAUCUGGAGAACUCCUUCAAGCAGAUUCGUGACAUGUACCGUAACCAGCAGCCGUUUGUGAUUUAUGUCGAUUCCCGCGACGGCACCCACGGUUUCUUUUUCUAUGCUUGA